UUUACAGGUAAUCCUCCUUCCAAACCCACAAAGAAAACCAUAAAGCAACGCUUCCUCAAGCUGCUGCCCUGCUUUCCCUCCGACUCCAGCUCCUCCGUGAACCAAGGGAGCCUGGACGAGGAGGCGGAGUUGUCCACGGUGUGGUACCGGCCCGAGGGGCUGGACCGCCUCGCCCAGCAGACCAAAUUCAGCAAGAGGGAGCUCCAGAUCCUCUACCGGGGAUUCAAAAACGAGUGUCCGAGCGGCGCUGUGGACGAGGAGACGUUCAAAGGCAUCUACUCCCAGUUCUUCCCCCAGGGAGAUUCAAGUACGUACGCACAUUUCCUGUUUGAGGCCUUCGACACCCACAGCCACGGACUGGUCAGCUUUGAGGACUUUGUCGUGAGCCUGUCCAUCAUCCUGAGAGGCUCCAUCACGGACAAGCUCAACUGGGCCUUUAAUCUCUACGAUCUCAAUAAGGACGGCUGCAUCACCAGAGAGGAGAUGACGGAAAUAAUGAACUCCAUCUAUGACAUGAUGGGGAAAUGCACCUUCCCCAACAUGAGCGACAGCGCUCCAAAGGAGCACGUGGAGAGCUUCUUUCAGAAAAUGGACAAGAACAAUGACGGCGUGGUGACCAUCGAAGAGUUCUUGGAGACGUGUCAGAAGGACGAGAACAUCAUGCAGUCCAUGCAGAUGUUUGAUAACGCGAUCUGAGCGGAGCCGGGGUCCCCACAAAGACCCGAGAUCACCAACCCUAAAGCCACCUUUUCUUCUGACGUAGCAAAAGACUGAGCAGAGGGAAGGAGAGGAAAGCCGUUUUCACUCUGAGAGAGUUGGAGCGAGCCAAAAACGUCUGUUCUGCUGUAGGCCACCGAGGGAGAAAAAAACGCCGAUAGAAAACUAAAAGUAACUGGAUGGACGAGCGUUAACACUUUGUCUUUGCACAACGGAGCCACUGUAAUAAACUCUGAGUUUAAAAUGAACCAACAUCCUCACAGCACCUUCUCUCUCUGUCACGUUCCCUCACAUUUAUCACCAGGCUGCUUGAGGAAAACUGUAUAUAUUUUCUAAAUGGAAGCAGAGAAAAAUGAAGAGGAAAUUCAACAAAACCUCUAUAGAAAACAGGAAUUUCAUUAUUGACCCGUUUAAAUGUUUGGGUUGAUCUUGAAGAGUUGAUCUUGAGUGUUAUAAGAAUAAAAUAUGUGGACGGUCCAGGUCGGAGUCUGGAAAACUUUCCUCCCGUGUUGUUACUACGGCGACGGGCUUUAUGAUGUGUGAUAUACCUGCAGACCCUCCUGAGAUUGAGAUCUGGGGUCACAGAGAUGCUGCUUCCUGGUGUCCAUUUCCCCUUUAAUGCUUCUGGACUAAGCUUCAGUGAGCUUUCAAUUUCGAGUCAAUUUUCGCUUG